AUCUUACAUUAUAAGUUAUAGAGUUGUCGAAAAUACUGACUUAUAAAAAUUGACGCUUUUAGCGCUGAUCAUUUAAAGCCAUUCUCAGACAUAUCCAAUGAGUGUGUGAACACAAUGGCCAAUCAGAGGUGUUUAUGAAUCCGCUCAACAGCGCUCAAAGCAUUACGUUUUUUAAAUUUCAGACUGGUACUGAAGUUGGUACUUAUGACAACUCUAAUAAGUUAUCAUAAACUGUUUUGUACCUUUGUUGUUGUUUUUGUUGUUGUUGUUUUUUUAGAUCUGAGGAACAGGCCAUCUUUGAAGGCAUCUUUAUAGCCAAAGAUGAAGAUGUUACAAGAUUUGUGGACCACAUUCACAGCACAACCAAACAUGUCAGUGGGAGAGGUGUUUGUGGAGGGGAGUGGUCAGCAGCCAGAGAGACCUCACAAAGAUCUGCCAGCAAGGUAGACGAAGAGGGAUUGGAGGUUGCGGUUUGUCGGCACGGAGUGCUUCUCUGUGCUUUAAAUAUGUACAGGGGUGAAAUUUUUGCCUAUCCCCUGUACCUUCAAGAAAAGUUGGCCAGUAGGCAAGUCACUUUUUUUUGUAUGGAUGUGACCUGCAAAUAUUGGCCCUACCUGCAAAGAGUUACAAAAAGCUGCCCAGAGCUCCAGCACCUCCUUAACAUGAGACCAUUCCUUUCGGUAUUUCAUGCCAAAGCCCAUGAUUUUAAAUGUGAGGUGAAAUGGAGUGGGUCGUAUCAGGAUGGGGCUGGACUAACACUAGGGGAGGAGGUGGAACAGUGCAAUGCCUUCCUCUCUAGGAUUGCAGUGACAACAAAACAUAUGUCAAAAGCAGGACGCACAGACAUGCUGACUCUCAUGGCCAUGCGAUGGAAUCAGCAAAAGUUCCGAAAUUUGGCAGUUUCACUGACUCGCCGAUAUCAGAAGCAGCAAGAGUAACAACCACAAAUGAUGCUGAUGGCUUGGCCAGCAGAAUUGAGGUCCUGGUAGCGAGUAUCAAGAGACGUUCCCAUCGGCUCUACAAAGAUACCGAUGGGAACAAAGGUCGUGCCAGAAUCCGCCGCAAGAUCAGGGAGGAGAAGGGCAUCCUGACAUCUGUUGUGGAGAAAUACAACAGAAUGGUUCCAAGCACAGAAAGUCUUUGCAUGGAAACCAUUCUGUCUGGUGAGACAGCUUGGCCAUGGCAGCUACCACACAGUGACUCUUUCGAUCUAAGGACAAAAAGAAGAGCGUUUGACAUCAUCAUGUCAGUAAGAAGACUUGAGGAGGAGCUGAAGAUUCUUGUGGCAGAGAUGGACCACCACUGGAAAUCUCUUUCAACUCGUGCUGAUACCCUCAGAGAGCUGUCCCACAUGUUUGCCAGUGAGACAAUGAGAAAUUCACCAUGUGGCUUAAGUGAAGAGGGUUUGAAAGGUCUGCAGAGCGUCAUCCUGAGAAAGCAACAUAAAGUCAGAGAAAUGAAGGUGCAAGCAAGAGACUGUUACCUGCAAGUUUUGUCUGGAGAAGGCAACAUCAACUUUUUGUACAGUGCUUCAGCUGAUGAGUAUGACAGUGACUGUGAAAUGUCUGAUGACGGACUGUAAUCCACAAGACUGUGACACCUUUCAUCGUUCUGGACAAUGACCUUAACUCUGUAUAUAAAGAAUGUAAUAAAAUCUGCUUUUCAUCACCUUUAUAAAUGGAACCAAAAGUGUUGCCUCUUCUUUCACAUACAUAGAAAUGUGUGCAUGCAUGCCUCUAGAACCAGUAUGUGGUGGAAAUUAAGUGCAUUAAUUGAAGUAUUGUAUGGUACUUAGAGAUUUGAGGUAAGAGUUUCUUCUCAUCCAAACUUUACUUAUACUCCACUGCAAUUCAGAGAGAGAAAAAAUGCACUUGACAGCACAUGGAGAGCUUUUAAAUGACAUUUUGUUGCAAAAGAAACUUCUCAACAGUACAAUUAGUUGAUUGGCAGAAAAUGAAUUGCCAAAUAUUUUUCACGCAAAAACAUUUAAUGGUUCCAGCAUGUAUUUUUUUAAUUUGAGGUUUGAACUGUUCACAGCUUUUAUCAAUGCAUCUUUUUGGGGUUUUGUGUAAUUGUGUCUGUUUUUCUCAUUUUCAUACUUGCUCACAAACAAAACUCUUCAUUUGUUGAGAAAUAAAUAGCAGAUUUAUUUAUGAAAAUAAUCAUUAGUGUACGUUGUGUACAAAAUAAUGAAUAAUAAUCUUGCAUGAGUAAUAAUAAUCUAAGGUUAUAUGAUUCACAGGGGGAAUGAAAUAUUAGAACACAGCUUGUGGCUGUGGAAGUGUAGAGUGUAUUUCAAAUAUAACAACUGAAACCUUUUUAGAGACAGAAGAAGCUAAUUAUGAGGAAGAAAAGCAUUAUGAUAAGGAGGAAUCAUUAUUUCCCAGUUUAAUAUUACAUCUGCUUAUGUGUCAUCUAGUAAAAGUAUUGGAGUCAACUGAUUUGAUUUUGUGGUGCUCAAAACAUUUCACCACUUGU